AGGGGGCGGGGCUCCAGCUGCGUCCACAGCAGAGUCUGGAAGGAGAAAGAGGAAAAGACGAAAAAGGAAAUAAAACACAGGAAAAAAGAUGAUUCUUAAAUGAAAUUCACGACAUUUAACAAACUAAAUCUUCUUCUUUGGUCAUGAAACGAGUCACGUUGUUCGUCAACGGAACCUCCGUUUACGGAAAGGUGGCGGCCGUGCACGGCUCCCUGGACGACUUACUCUCUGUCGCCAGCUCCAAACUGGGAAUCAGAGCCUCGAGUGUUUAUAACGGGAAUGGCGGCCUGAUCGAUGACGUCACAUUGAUCAGAGAUGAUGAUGUGCUGUACAUAUCAGAGGAAGAGUCAUGUGAUGAUCUCCAGGACGACCUCAGAGAUCCUGAAAAAGCUCAGACUCACACUGAUUGGUUGACCCUCAAUGUGGAUUGGUUGACCCUCAAUGUGGGCGGACGCUGCUUCACCACCACCAGGAGCACUCUCGUCAGUAAAGAGCCUGAGAGCAUGUUAGCGCACAUGUUCAGAGAGAAAGACGUGUGGGGGAACAAGCGCGACCCACAGGGGGCGUACCUCAUCGACCGCAGUCCUGAUUACUUUGAGCCCAUUCUGAAUUAUCUGAGACACGGACAGCUCAUCAUCAACGAAGGGAUUAACCCACUGGGCGUCCUGGAGGAGGCGCGCUUCUUUGGCAUCGAGCAGCUGGCCGAGCAGCUGGAGACACUCGUGAAGUCGUCUCAGCCUCCUGACGAUCAUUCACCUUUGACCCGCAAAGAGUUUGUCAGGUUCCUGUUGGCCACGACGACCAAGUCAGAGCUGCGCUGUCAGGGUCUGAACUUCACAGGAGCAGAUCUGUCUCGUCUGGAUCUUCGCUACAUCAACUUCAAGAUGGCCAAUCUGCGAGGAGCCAAUCUGACGCACGCCAACCUGAGCGGAGCAAACCUGGAGAGAGCAGAUCUGUCCAUGGCCAGUCUGGAUGGAGCAAACCUGCAGGGUGUGAAGAUGCUGUGCACCAACGCUGAAGGGGCUUCACUGAGAAGCUGCAACUUUGAGGAUCCUGCUGGAGUCAAAGCUAAUCUGGAGGGAGCAAACCUGAAGGGUGUGGACAUGGAGGGAAGUCAGAUGACGGGGAUUAACCUGAGAGUCGCGACACUGAAAAACGCCAAACUGAAGAACUGUAACCUGAGAGGAGCUACGCUGGCCGGGACCGACCUGGAGAACUGUGAUUUAUCAGGCUGUGAUCUUCAGGAAGCAAACCUGCGAGGUUCUAACGUGAAAGGAGCCAUAUUUGAGGAGAUGCUGACUCCUCUGCACAUGUCACAGAGCGUUCGCUGAACGCCUCAGUAACCUCCAUGUUGUUGUGUAAAGGUCAUGUGACUGUCGAUGCCAAACCUUUGUAUUUUGCUCUAAAACCAAAAACAACACGUCAGUUUUAACAAACGUGUGAAUGUAGCUUUUUUUUCCUCUUUCUUUUAAAUAAAAAGAAAAAACACAUU